AUGCCCAGCAGGCCUUUGGGACUGGAGCUCCGGAGAGAGAUUGGGAGUCAGGCAUUUUACCUGAAGCCAUUGGAGCAGUCUGAACACUCUUCUGUAAGUCUCACGCGUCCUUUGCCUCAGUGUUCAGAGCCACCCCCACCUCCAGGAGCAGAGUUUGGCCGUGAAGAGAGACACAGUCAUAAUUAUAAUGCAAUGCCAAGAUAUGGUAAUGGAGAGGUGCGCAAAGGCUGUGGGCGUGUAGACGAGGGGUGGACGGAAGACUGCAGAAAAUCAACCUACCCUCCUUCUGGACCAACCUACCGGGGCCCCGUCCCGUGGUACACCAUCAACCUGGACCUGCCGCCCUACAAGAGGUGGCACGAGCUGAUCGCCGACAAGGCGCCGUCGCUGAGGAUUAUCGUGAAUUCCUUGAGGGACGUAGUAAAUGCCUUUGUUCCAAGUGGAAAAAUUAUGCAGAUAGUGGAUCAAAAGUUGCCUGGUCUGCUGGGCAACUUCCCCGGCCCGUAUGAGGAAGAGAUGAAGGGGAUUGCAGAUAUCACUGGCAUACCUUUAGGAGAGAUUAUUUCAUUCAACAUUUUCUAUGAAUUUUUUACCAUUUGUACUUCAAUAAUAGCAGAGGACAAGAAAGGCCAUUUAAUGCAUGGGCGAAACAUGGAUUUUGGAAUAUUUCUUGGGUGGAACAUAAAUAACAACUCCUGGGUCGUAACCGAGGAGCUGAAACCUUUGACAGUGAAUUUGGACUUCAAAAGAAACAAUAAAACUGUCUUCCAGGCUGCGAGCUUUGCGGGCUACGUGGGCAUGUUAACGGGCUUCAAACCAGGGCUGUUUAGUCUUACGCUGAAUGAGCGUUUCAGCACAAAUGGCGGUUACAUGGGUGUCAUAGAGUGGAUCUUGGGAAAGAAAGAUGCCAUGUGGAUAGGAUUUAUCACUAGAUCAGUUCUGGAAAAUAGCACAAGUUAUGAAGAAGCCAGGAAUAUAUUGAUCAAAACGAAGAUACUGGCCCCAGCAUACUUUAUCCUGGGAGGCAACAAGUCUGGGGAGGGCUGUGUGAUUACACGAGACAGAAAGAAAUCUUUGGAUAUCUAUGAACUCGACCUCGAGCAGGAUAGAUGGUAUGUGGUAGAAACUAAUUAUGACCGUUGGAAACAUCCCUUCUUCCUCGAUGAUCGAAGAUCAGCCACAAAGAUGUGUCUAAACCAGACAACCCAAGAGAAUAUCUCAUUACCAACCAUAUAUGAUGUCCUGUCAACGAAACCUGUCCUCAACAAGCUGACUGUAUUCACAACCUUGAUGGACGUUACCAAAGGUCAAUUUGAAACUUACCUGCGGGAUUGCCCAGACCCCUGUAUAGGUUGGUGAGCACACACCUGGCCUAAGAAUGCGCUGUGACAUCAAGAUGGGACUCAUGCGUGGGCGACUGGUGCAGCCGUCUGAUCUCUGACCAGAAGCUAAGCUCAGGGCAGGUUCUCUUAAGGCAUGGGCUUGUCCGACUUGGUAUGUUUACAGUUCACAGGCUCUUUGUGCCAUCACAGUUGAUCAUUCUUAGUUAUAGACAGUUUAAGUGAGGUACAGCAGUCAUUUAGAAUGCGCUGAGUUUCAUUUCACUUUGACAUCUGGGGGCGGGGGUGGGCCCUUAAACUAUUGUAGGACCCACUCCCAUGGAAUAAAGAGUCUGUGGGCACUGAAUUCAGUACAUCUGCGUAAGCAACAGUACGUCAUUGCUUUUCACUUUGAUCUGCAGAUUUGUAUGUUUUUCUGUACAGCAGUCUUCCUCCGGGUACUAAAUGCUACUGAAGUCAUA